UCCAAAGGGUGAAGAAGGUUCUCCAGGGCUGGGCAGAGGAGCUCUAGGAUUCCCUGGACCAAAAGGCUCAUCAGGAGACAUGGGUCCCCCUGGUCCUAUUGGACUGCCUGGCUUGCCAGGAACGCCUGGAGCUUCUCUUCCUUCUGAUAUACCUGGGAGACCUGGGGAUGCUGGCCAUCCAGGAACGGAUGGGAGCUCAGGUCUUCCAGGUUCUCCAGGACCACGAGGGCCUCCUGGCCCAGCUUCUGAUCAAGGUGACACAGGCAACCCAGGUUUGCCCGGCGUACUUGGCUUGCGAGGCAUUAAGGGUGAUGUGGGACGCACUGGUCCAGUUGGACUCCCUGGAGCAUCUGGAUUCAAAGGUGUAAGAGGGGAGCCUGGCCUUAUGGGGAUGCCAGGUAAAGAUGGGCCUGCGGGAGAUCCUGGUCACCCUGGGCUGAAAGGUGAAGUGGGCCGUCGAGGUCUCCCUGGCCGACAAGGGGCUCCCGGUAUAACCCCACAGCCAGAAGAACUCACAGCCCCUGCAGGCUUGCCAGGUCUGCCAGGAGUUGAUGGUGUCCCUGGCUUUGAUGGAGAUCCUGGAUUGCAGGGUGCAGCUGGAAAUCCAGGUGUUGCUGGAAAGCCAGGCUCACAUGGUUUGCCAGGAAUGCCUGGUCGCAGCGUGAGCGUUGGAUACACAUCAGUGAAGCAUAGCCAGUCAGAGCAAAUCCCGCCCUGUCCCAUAGGAAUGAAUAAGCUCUGGGAUGGCUACAGCUUAUUGUACGUGGAGGGGCAGGAAAAGUCACACAACCAGGAUCUUGGUUUUGCUGGCUCGUGUUUGCCUCGCUUCAGCACCAUGCCUUUUAUUUACUGCAACAUCAACGAAGUGUGCUACUACGCCAGCCGAAAUGACAAGUCCUCUUGGCUCUCCACCACUGCUCCUAUCCCCAUGAUGCCAGUGGACAGCACUCAGAUCCCGCAGUACAUCAGUCGUUGCUCAGUAUGUGAAGCACCUUCCCAGGCUGUGGCUGUGCACAGCCAGGACAUCACCAUCCCCCAGUGUCCCCUUGGCUGGCGUAGCCUAUGGAUAGGAUACUCUUUCCUUAUGGUGAUCGAGACUGUGUUCUAG